UAAUAAAAAAUUUUUUUACAGCUAAUUUGAAAUAAUUAAUUAUGUGUAUUUUUAAGAAAGAAAAUGCAUUUGUCUUUGGUGCAACAGAAGUAAUUUUAGGAGCAAUCAUUGGAAUCAUAGCAUUUCUUUCACAAGAGAAAUCAGAAGAAAAUGCCACACCGUACUUUUUUAUUAUUCCUGGCAUUCCUGGAGUUAUAUUCGGUUUGUUAAUAUUCACACGUUUUGAAAAAUACCGUAAUAGUAACGAUCGUGUAUGUCCUCACCGUUUAAAUUCAUAUUUCUGCUGUACACCUCGUUUCUUUAUGAUUGCAUUCGUCAUUUUGAACAUGUUUUUUUCAUACCUUGUGCAUUUUGGAUGCGCAGCGUAUUUACAAAUCAAAUUCAAAGAAAUAAGGAUUGCAUAAUUAGAGGCAAAUUAAAAGGUCAAGGAUUAUGCUAAACACUCUAUGUUAUUUUUGACAUUUUUAUGUGUGUUGAAGCGUUGUUAACAGUAUUUUCAAGUAUUUUGGGAAUUAAAUAUUUGUGCUACUUUAAA